GCGGCGACGGCACCACCGGGCGGCGGGGCGGGGCGGGGCGGGGCGGACCGAGUUCCGUCCCCCCCCCCGUCACGUGGCCCUCCCGCCCCGUGCCCGGUGCUUGGCGGGGGGUGUGUGUCGUGCCGUGCCGUGCCGGUAAGUUUGUCGGAGCGGGCAGCGAGCGGCGACAUGUCCGGUAACGGGCACAGCUACGGCGAGCAGGCCGGCGAGGCAGCGCCCGAGCUGGCUCAGGAGGCGGCGCCCACCACGGCCCCUUCGGUGCCCGCGGCCUUCGGGCUCUUCAGCAGCGACACCAAGAAAAAUGAAGACCUAAAACAAAUGCUGGAAAGCAGUAAAGAUUCUGCAAAGCUGGAUGCUAUGAAAAGGAUUGUUGGGAUGAUUGCAAAGGGAAAAAAUGCUUCUGAGCUCUUUCCUGCUGUUGUGAAGAAUGUUGCCAGUAAAAAUAUUGAGAUAAAAAAGCUCGUAUAUGUUUAUCUGAUGCGUUAUGCAGAAGAGCAGCAAGAUCUAGCAUUGUUGUCCAUCAGUACUUUUCAGCGUGCUUUAAAAGAUCCUAAUCAGCUAAUCCGUGCAAGUGCUUUGAGAGUUCUGUCUAGUAUCCGUGUGCCAAUUAUUGUUCCUAUUAUGAUGCUUGCUAUUAAGGAAGCCUCUUCUGAUUUAUCACCUUACGUGAGGAAGAAUGCAGCCCAUGCAAUCCAAAAACUGUACAGUCUUGAUCCAGAGCAAAAGGAAAUGUUAAUUGAAGUGAUAGAAAAGCUUUUGAAGGAUAGAAGUACGCUGGUAGCUGGGAGCGUUGUGAUGGCAUUUGAGGAAGUGUGUCCGGAUAGAAUAGAUCUGAUCCACAAAAACUACAGAAAGCUCUGUAACUUGUUGGUUGAUGUGGAAGAAUGGGGCCAAGUUGUUAUAAUCCACAUGUUAACUCGAUAUGCACGUACACAGUUUGUAAGCCCCUGGAAAACGGAUGACGAUGUUGUAGAAGAAUACAACGAAAACAAUUUCUAUGAAUCUGAUGAAGAACAGAAAGAAAAGGAUCGGAAUGUGAAAAAGACUUAUACUAUGGACCCAGAUCACAGGCUGCUGUUACGAAAUACCAAACCCUUGCUUCAAAGCCGAAAUGCUGCUGUGGUAAUGGCAGUUGCACAGCUUUAUUGGCAUUUGGCACCAAAAUCUGAAGCUGGUAUUGUUUCUAAAUCAUUAGUGCGUUUACUUCGUAGUAAUAGGGAGGUGCAGUAUAUCGUUCUGCAAAAUAUUGCCACUAUGUCGAUUCAGAGAAAGGGCAUGUUUGAACCUUAUCUGAAGAGUUUCUAUGUUAGAUCAACUGAUCCAACAAUGAUCAAAACUCUGAAGCUUGAAAUCUUGACAAAUUUAGCAAAUGAAGCCAACAUAUCAACUCUGCUACGAGAAUUCCAGACUUAUGUGAAGAGCCAAGAUAAACAGUUUGCUGCAGCUACUAUUCAGGCUAUAGGCAGAUGUGCAACUAACAUCACAGAAGUGACUGACACAUGCCUUAAUGGCCUUGUAUGUUUGCUGUCCAACAGAGAUGAAACUGUGGUUGCUGAAAGUGUUGUUGUCAUUAAGAAACUGCUACAAACCCAGCCAGCACACCAUGGUGAAAUUAUUAAACAUAUGGCCAAACUCUUGGAUAACAUUACAGUUCCAGUAGCAAGAGCCAGCAUCUUGUGGCUCAUUGGGGAGUACUGUGAACGGGUUCCAAAGAUUGCACCUGAUGUUUUGAGAAAGACGGCCAAGAGCUUCACUAAUGAAGAUGACCUUGUAAAGUUGCAGAUCUUAAAUUUGGGAGCAAAACUCUAUUUAACAAACUCAAAGCAGACAAAAUUGCUUACCCAGUACGUAUUAAAUCUCGGCAAGUAUGAUCAAAGCUACGACAUCAGAGACCGUACAAGAUUUAUUAGGCAGCUUAUUGUUCCGAAUGAGAAGAGUGGAGCUUUAAGCAAAUAUGCCAAAAAAAUAUUUCUGGCACAGAAACCUGCCCCAUUGCUUGAGUCUCCUUUUAAAGAUCGAGAUCAUUUCCAGCUUGGCACCUUGUCUCACACACUGAACAGCCGAGCUACUGGCUACCUGGAGCUGUCUGACUGGCCAGAUGUGGCACCUGACCCUGCUGUGCGGAACGUUGAAGUGGCUGAGUCGGCAAAGGAAUGGACUGCAAUUCUAGGUAAGACAAAGAAAGAGAAACCUACUGAAAAGUUCUACUCUGAAUCAGAAGAGGAGGAAGAUGAGUCUGCCAGUACCAGUGCAACAGAGAGUGAGUCUGGCAGUGAAAGUGAGAAGGAAGAUAAGGAGGAAGGUGGCAGUGCUGAGAGCAGUGGAAGUUCCUCUUCCAGUGAAGAAUCAAGUGACAGUGAAUCAGACAGCAAAGAAAGUACAGCAAAGAAAACAUCUGGAGCUGUUAAGGAAAAUAAUGCAGAGGAAAGUAAAAAGAAAGCAAAGGGGAUCUCCAAAAACAGAAACACAUCCAGUUCCUCUGAUACAGAGUCCAGUUCGUCAGAGGGAAGUUCUUCAGACUCCAAAUCAGUAUCAGACUCUAGAAGUGACUCUGAUUCUGGAAAAUCUAGAAGUGCUACUUCUAGUAAGAAAGAAGAAAAAACUGCGCAAGAUAGAAAAACUCCAAGUAAACAAGAUGUUUUUCUCUUAGAUUUAGAUGACUUCUACCCUGUGACAACUCCUGUGGCAGUUCCUACAGCAGCUGUUUUGUCCCCAAGUUUAACGGCAGACCUAGAGGGAUUAAGUCUGUCAGGUUCAUCGGUCAUUGAUGUUACUACCCAAGUCUUCGUGCCAACAAAAACACAUGAAAUGCUUCAUCGAAUGACUGGAAAAGGAUUAUCAGCUCAUUAUCACUUCUCAAGACAGCCAGACAUGUUUGGUGAUCAUAUGGUAUCUGUGCAAGUGACAGUAACAAAUACAACUGAUCAGAAGAUAGAGAAUAUUCACAUAGGGGAGAAGAAGUUACCUCUAGGCAUGAGGAUACAUGAGUUUAAUCCAAUAGAGUUCCUCGAGCCUGGGGGAUCUGUGACUGUCUCAAUGGGUAUUGACUUCUGUGAUUCUACUCAGACUGCCAGUUUCCAGUUAUGCACGAAGGAUGAUCAUUUCAAUGUUAACAUUCAGCCCCCUGUUGGAGAACUGCUUUUGCCUGUCACUAUGUCAGAGAAAGACUUUAAGAAGGAGCAAGGGAUGCUGACAGGAAUGAAUGAGACAUCUGCUACCAUAGCUGUUGCUCCACAGAACUCUACCAGUCUUGUGAUAAUUGAGAAAGUAGUGAAGGCAGCAAACCUGGGUGUAGUCCCUUCUGGUCAAGACAACAUACACAGGUUUGCAGCUAAGACUGUGCACAGUGGGUCACUGAUGCUAGUCACAGUGGAGCUGAAGGAGAGCUCUACAGCACAGCUCAUCAUAAACACUGAGAAAACCGUGAUUGGUUCUGUUCUGCUGCGGGAGCUGAAGCCUGUCCUGUCCCAGGGGUAACCUGCUUACAUCUGGACUUCAGAAUCUGGCACACAACAAAAGUGCCUGGCAUCCACUACUGCUGCCUUUCAUUUAUAAUAAUAGCCCUUCCAUCUGGCAGUGGGGGGAAGAAUACACUCUUGACAUUCUUGUCUUCUGCUUUAGAAUGCUAGUGUGUAUCUAUCAUGUAUGCAAGUCCUCUCCUUUUUUUCUGCUUGCUAACCAAAGAACAUACAUUUUACUGUCAGUUAUCUGCAUUCUUAAAUGUAUUUCCCGUUUGUUCUAUCCUAGUACUUCCCUCUCUGAUCCCAUUUUCCCUUUCCCCACUGUAGUAGACAAAUACUGGAUUAUAAAGUUCAAGGGAAAUCACGCUGCUGGAAAACUGUGUUAAAAUGGCAGAUAGGUUCCAGCAACAUACACAGCAACUGUGUGUGUGGUUCUGAGAAGUUUGAUUGCGUAAGUGUAACAGCACAAUAAGUGCAAGAAAAUUGUUUGCUUUCUGAAAAUCCUUGUAAACCUGAACUGAUGUAGUAAGAUUGUUGUUCCCACUUAAUGUCAUUUUCACAAAUAUUUUGUUGAUGUGCCAAUAAAGUAGUGCUAUGA